GGUCUCGUUUCAUCGUUUGACACAAAAGAGUUUGACAGCUUACAAGUACUGUUGCUGUAUGAUGCGAUUUUGUAGAAUUUUUGUUAAAAAACACUAAUUGGAAUGGGUUAAUCACAAUUGAACAAUGGAUAACUUUUACUGCCGCUUCUGCGCCGAGCUCAAAAGCUCUGAAAAGCUCCUAAACCUACAGCUCGACUCGGAAAAACAUGAAGAAGUAGUUUUAAAACUUGCGUUUGUUAAUGCUGUGUAUGUGAACGUAACAAAUAGUGAUACAUUGCCGAAAACUGUUUGUUUAAUAUGCUACAACAGCCUGAAUAAAGCUUACGACUUCUUGGACGGUGUGAAGCGCGCACAAGACGUAUUAACCAACAUAUUCACGAGAGGCGGCGACGACAACAAAUGCGAUGUGUCUGAUGACGAUAGAUGCACAGCAUUUGACGAUUUCCUUUGCAAUGAGGACUCUUCUGUUGUUAAAUUGGAGGGUAAGAAGUAUGUGGAACCGCCUCAAAUAGAUAUAAGCUUGGAAGUGAAGCAUGAAUUGAAAGAAGAACCGGAUUUAGAGGAUCAGGCGUACGAUGACUCUCUGAACGUGCAGGACAUACUUGACGCGGCUAUAUGUAAUGCCUCCUUCAACUCCAACGUCACUAUAUAUGCUAAAGAGCUCUCAGACUUGAGUAAAAAGGUUGUAAAGUCGUGGAAAGAUUAUCCAUGGGUGUGUGGUUAUUGUAACAUAGAGUUUUUAAACAUAGACAUGUUGCGGUCCCACUGUAAGGUGGUGCACGGGAAGUGUUCUGCGUUCAUGUGCAUUGACUGUAAAGCUGGAAGGAAUGAGGAGUUCACUAGCUUUGUUAAACACGUUCGGAAACAUAAAAAGAUAUUGAGGAACCACUGCUACUACUGCGACCUGGAGCUAGACAAAACAGAGAAGCUAACAGCGCACAUAAAGGAACACUUCGUCAAAUCACAACUACCGUGUCCGUUAUGUGGAGAAAUACUUAAAAACGAGGACUCACUCAAAAUACACUUACAAGACUAUAAUAUAACUAAACAGAAACGCAGACCGAGAAGGAAACCUGGGACCCCAAUCACCAUUGAAGAUCUCACCUGUGGAUUAUGUAAGAAGGUUUAUAAAAACCCCAACAGCCUUCGAGAUCACAUGAAACUACACACAAUAGACCGGAAGAGAAAUUACACAUGUGACCGAUGUGGCAAGAUGUUUUACAACAAAGGUACGCUCACAUCCCACAUCCUAUCUCAUGACAAGAACCGUCCACAUGUAUGUAGAAUUUGUAAUAAGUCUUUUUUGUACCCGAAUAUGUUGAGACGGCACGUUGAGAUGCAUUCCGGAGUGAAGCCGUUCUCUUGUGAACAGUGUGGUAGAUGCUUUAGGCUCCAAUACCAGUUAAAUGCCCAUAAAAUUAUCCACACCGACUCCAUGCCUUAUGUAUGUUCUUAUUGCAAUAAAGCGUUUAGAUUUAAGCAGAUUUUAAAGAAUCAUGAACGACAGCACACCGGUGCCAAGCCCUAUGCUUGUCAGCAUUGCGGUAUGGAGUUUACAAACUGGUCUAAUUAUAAUAAGCAUAUGAAACGUAGACACAAUAUGGACACUUCGAAGAAAAAGAUCACUCCGGAAGGUGUGUUUCCUAUCAAUCCGGAGACCGGACAGAUAAUGCAGGUCCAGGAUCCAGUUGGUACCGAAGAAUGGAAGAGUAAGAUCAUGAUUCCAGGAAAGAGGGGGAAGAAAAAGGUUAUAAAACAUGAGGACAUUUAGCUAGGGAUACGUGUUCAGUUUGAUAGUCGAAAAGUAACUUUAAAACGGAGGUUAUAAGAUUAAUUUUGCAAUGGUUUUAUUUAUUGACUUAAUUUUUUGUUUUUAAUGAAUAAAUAAUUGAAUGGGCACACAACAAAUCAAGUUACUAUAAUCUGCCAGAGAUCUGCAAUAGAUUUCCAAUCUUAUAAUUUGAGUACACUGCAAAUAGCAUCUUAUUGCUGUGAAAUAAGGUUUAUAAUCACUGCCAAUUCAUGCCUGUUGUUAAUAUAUUAUUAGUAAAGAUGUACUUAUUUUGUAGAUGUUUAUUGAUGUUUGUUAUGGUACUCAAACACUGCUGGGCUAUAUAUUAAUAGAUUUCCAACCUUAUGUUUUUGUAAUAACAUAAAAAAUUGAAUAAUAAAACUUCAGACACAUAGCUACCGAUUACUGUCGUAAAAUAUAUGUAAAAUUGUAUAAAAUUAAUUAUUGUGUUUUCGGCUUACUCACGUAAUAAUUUG